AUGGUUUUCACAUUCAUUUUUGCGGGCCUACUCCUUCAGGUUGUUACUGUCACCUCUCAAAAUGUCAUUGUUGGCAAGCUCCUGCGCUUCGCGUGCUCUCAGCUUGUCAUCGAGAGGACGGAUCCAUUGGUCAAUCCCGGCUUGAGCCCUUCACCACAUACACACCAGAUCGUGGGUGGAAACUCAUUCAACGUGACAAUGAAUCCUUCCGAGAUGGAACCCUCUCGGGCAUCCACUUGCACCACUUGCACGUAUUCUGAAGACUUCUCCAACUACUGGACUGCCUCUCUCUAUUUUCGCUCUCCAGAAAAUGGCUCUUUCAAGCUUGUUCCUCAACGUCCAAACUUUGUGGGAAUGGAUGGAGUCCGUCAUCCAGUAGGAGGAGGGAUCACGGUCUAUUACAUGACAUCCGUUUUUGGCAGUACAUCUGGUAACGGAAAAGUGACAGCAUUUCCCCCAGGCUUCAGAAUGCUCGCCGGCUCGCCAGACAUCACGUCAAAAGACCGUACCUUCCCCGGCAUCUGCCACCGCUGCAAUGGCAACACGACAGGAUUCACCCCGUGCGACUCUGCUGAUAGCUCUGAGCUGCCGACGAAAGUGUGCCCUGGUGGUAUUAGGGGCUCUGUGAUAUUCCCAUCUUGUUGGGACGGUAAAAACUUGGAUUCUCCCGACCACAGUUCACAUGUUGCAUACAGCCCUGUCGGAGGAGGGAAACUGGCCGGCCAGGCCUGCCCAGAGACACACCCGGUGCGAAUCCCACAGUUGAUGUAUGAAAUGCUGUGGGAUACAUCACAGUUCAAUGCCCCGGCUUAUUUUGAUGAGACAGCGAAGAGGCAGCCGUUUGUGUACAGCUUUGGUGACGGCAUAGGGUAUGGACAGCACGGCGACUAUAUCUUUGGCUGGAAGGGAGAUGCUCUUCAGCGGGGGAUGGAUGCUGUGCUGGGGGAUGAUUGCGUCAACGAUCGGUGUCAUGCGUUGGAGUUCCAGUCUCCUGCAGAAGGCGUGGCUUGCGCGAAACCAACACAGGUUGAAGGGGAGAUUGUUGGAAGAGGCGGUGAAUGUAAGUUUAUGCGUGUCAUGAGAAUUCUCCAGGUUGUACUAAUACCGCCAGGGCUUCAAACACUUCCAGGGAAUCCACAUCUCAGGCAGGCAUAG